CUGGAGGUCGCGUUCGCGGCCACGGUAGGGCGGCACGCGUCGUGUUCGGAGCACGAGUGCGGUGCACGGAGCAGCGCGAGUCACACAAGCACAAGCGGAGUCGGCGGGCGACUGACGGGUGGCGAGCGGCGCGGCGCGGGGCGUCGCUGCGCGCGCACCCCUCACCGCGCACCCCGCGACACCGGGCCCCCUCGCCCCGCCGCCUCACCCCCGGCCACCACCCGCCCGCGCCCGCACCCCUGCCCUGACGGACGCCAGCCGGCUGCCUUAUCACGCCGCACGGCGCUCCGCUUCCUUUCUCCUCGUGCCGUUGCGAGCUUUUUCGCCACUGCCACACUUCCGCCCGCCCCCUCGAUUGUGUAG